AAUGUGCAGGGAAUUGUAUGUUUGUUUUGUUUUGCGUAUAUCAUAAUACAUGUUUGUGGAAAUAUUGUUAUUGCAUCCGUGAAUUGCUAUUGCAGUUAUUGUGAAGGACAUUAUUGCCUGCACCGGAUGUGGCCUGGUGAUAGUAACAACAGCCAGUGCCCAGUAGUUUGCUGAUAAGUUGAAGUGCCUUUUCUGACACCUGCUGUGACAGGUCCAACUUGUCCAAUAAAAAAUGGAUCUUUCUGCUUUUUCUGAUGAGAAGUUUGAUGUGAAGCAGUGGGUGGGCCAAGUUUUUGAAGCACCAGAGAUGAAAGAAAAUCCUGAGGGCCAUGCUGCAACAGUUGUAAUGAAAUUACAGCUUUUUAUUCAAGAAGUGAACAACUCCCUGGAUGAAACAAGUCAUCAGGUCCUCCAGAGCCUGCCCCGCCUGGUGCGAGACGUGGAGGCGGUCAGAGCAGAGGCCGCGCGGCUCCGCGAACAGAUGAGCGUCGCAAAAGCCGACAUCGUGAAGGUGGAGCAGGAGACGGCUCAAUCGAUGCGCACGCUGACCCGACUCGACACGGUCAAGUCGCGCAUGGAGCGCACCUGCCAGGCGCUCAAGGAGGCCGACAACUGGACUACGCUCUCCGCAGACGUUGAGGAGGUUCUGGAGAGUGGCAGCCUGCAGCAGAUGGCCGACAAGGUGGCCGCUCUCCAGCAGAGUCUGGACGUGCUGGGACACGUCUCUGACUACGAGGAGCGCCGGCAGACGCUGGAGGAGCACAGGAACCGACUGGAGGCCACGGCCAGCCCGCACCUCGUGGCCGCCAUCACCGACAACGACACGGCCCGCAGUCUGGUGCUGGUGGAGGUGUUCAGGCAGAUGGCCCGGCUGCCGCAGCUGGAGAAGUACUACGUGCGCUGCCAGCGCGCCGAACUGCAGCGGCGCUGGUCGGCGCACCUCGAGGCCCGCCAGGAGGAGGGCGUGCUCGAGUGGCUGACGGCAUUCUCCGAGACGCUGGUCGACACGUGGCACACGCAGACCCGUUGGCUGGAGCAGGUGAUGCCCCACCUGAGUCCGGCCAGCACCUUGUGCUGUGUCCUGGCCGAUACUCUGGCCUCCCUCCAGCCCAGCGUCGCCUCCUGUCUCGACACGGCCACGAAGGAGCACAGUGACCCGCUGCAGCUGUUGGAGGAGUGUAAGAGGGUGACGGACCGGCUAGUCACCACACUGCUGCAGGUCGCCGACGCCACGGCAGGCUCGAGCGGCUCGGUCCCGGCUGCGUCUGCGCUGGUGGAGGCGACCUACGCUCCGUACGUGACCCAGCUGCAGCGCUACGGACGCUACCAGGAGCAGCUGCUCGUGCCCACCAUCAAGGCGCUCGUUCCGUCCAGCGCGGACCUGCAGGAGCGUGUGGACGCCGUCGGCUCCUCCGUCAGUAAGCUGAUGACGUUGCUACACUCGGCGCUGGACCGGUGUCUGUCCUUCACCUACGGCUACUGCCUGCCGCAGCUGCUUGACGCAUUCCAGUGCGCCUUUGAGACGGAGCUGGCCAAUGUGAACGCCACUGCCAAACAGCUGGAGUCCCAGCCGAGCGCGGGCUCCGACUGGACCGUGUUCCACGCCAGUCUGCGGCUCCUGCAGGCCAUAGGUGACCUGAUGACCCAGACCAGCCGACUGGAGGAGCGGGUACUGAGUGUGCUCUCCCAGCCGCCGGGUGGUGUGCCGGCCCACCUCAGCGCGGCGCGGCUGCUGUCGGCCGGCGAUCAGAGCCGGUACCAGCAGCUGGUCGACAGGGUCGCGGAGGGUGACUCGUUAGUUCUACUGGAGCCGUGCCACCGCCUGCUGGACUCCACCAACGAGGAGGUGCAGAAGGUGGCGUUCCGGGCCAUGUUCGCGCCGAUCCGCUCCCAGCUGAAGGCCGUGGAGACGGUGGACUGGGAGGGCCGCGGCGGCGCCGGCGCCAGCCUGUCGGCCGACCUGCCCGACUUCAGCUACACCCCGCAGGAGUACAUCACUCAGGUGGGCCAGUACCUGAUGACGCUGCCGCAGCACCUGGAGCCGUUUAUGACCCAGCACGACCCCACGCUGGGACGAGCCCUCCAGUCCGGCGUCAUGCCAUACAGCUCCAGUGUGAGCGGCGGCCGGAGCGAGUCCGAGUCCUCCGUGGUGCACUACAUCAUCAGCUGUCUGUCCGAGGGCGCCUGUCAGGUGUACGCCGACACCAUCGUGCGCAUACAGCACAUCUCGGCAGGCAUGACCCGGCAGCUCGUCGCAGAUAUCGACUACCUGGGUAACGUGCUGGAUGACCUGGGUCUGCGUCUGGCCGAGUCUCUGCACGCGCUGAGCACGCUGCUGCGCUGUCCGGCGACCGAGUACGGCCGGGUGAGCGCCGCCGCCGGCCAGCCCCCGCUGCCGCCGCGACUGGUGGCCGCCGUCCGACAGAUGCGCGGCCUGGUCUCCGAGUCGUGAGUCCAGGCGGGGGAGUGAUGCAUUCCACGGGGGGGGGGGGGGGGACGGGGGACACGGACGCCGGUGUGUUUGGUAGCGCAAUGACUCGAGGUCAAGGUGUAGGGAGUGACUCAGUACCGACUCGGCUGGCGGUGUGUUGAAUGGAGCAGUGCCGCUCUGCUGUGACAGGAGUAUUGCAGCACUGUACAGAGUGUGCCGACCACUGCAGCUCUGUUGUCCAACAAUCGGUGAUGGUAAUUCAUGAUCAUCAUUAAAUGGUCGUGGGCUUACCAUGUUAUCGCGUGUGUUGGGUCACUUCACCUUAUGUCCGUCUGGCAAAUGGCUUUAGUUUCAUUCAAAAGGUAAACACCGGUCAAUGCUACCUUUUGUUGCGAUAAACCCUCUCGUAGGCGAUUCGCCGUGGGCACUUUGCGUUCGAUAUGCAGUUACGGUUUUCACUUGUAAUCUACCCCCCCCCCCCCCCGAGACCUAUCAGUUUUUGUUGUUGUGUGUCACUUUGCAAGAUGGAAUAUAUUUAUGCAUAUCUUUAACCUAA